CGGUCGCCGACUUGUCAAUAUCACUACUAGUUGCAGAUAAUACUGUCCACACAACAAGUCCGUCAUGUUGCCAUAGCGUGGUGAGGCAUUGCGACCAGCCCGCGCUCUUCGUCACCGCCUGCGUCAACACCACGGUCAACAAUCGAUAAACACGGUCAAGGGAGCCCAUCUCCACUCGUUCUACGACUGCCGGACUCGCCAUCCUGCGCAAUGUCCACGGUCGGAAUGUCUACAUCGAGUCGCUCUACCUCACCCGACCCGAUCACCCUUCCCUCGUCCCCUCUCGCCAUCCGCUCCGCGAAUGCGCAGACCUCUCCAGCUCCACGCAGAUCGCCGAAACCCUCGACGCCGCGGCUCAAGAAUGCCAUGCACUCCUCUUCGCCCUCCAAAACAUUCGUCAUGGAUACGGGCAAGUCGGGCGAUGCCAGUCCUUGGCGAAUAAAGGUCACGGUGGAAGCAGAGCCGAAGGAGGGAAGUAGUCCCGGGAAGAAGAUCACGCGAACCACAAAGAUUCCUGUCAAGGGCUUGGAAAGCAGUAGUCCUGCUAAGAGAAACAGCGCUCGGAGGGUUCGGGCGGGAUAUGGAGGCGGAGAAGAUGCGGAUGAAGAGGAUGGAGGAAAAGUCAGGCCGCAGAGGAAGCGAAGAGCUACGCCCAUGCGGAGACGCAAUAUAAAAACACAGGAAGGAACAGACAUAGUCGAGGAAGACCAAGGAGCUGGCACAGCUGCGAUCAGCACAUCAUCGAGAGUGAGUGCGGAUACAACGAGAUCCAAGAGACUGAGCAAGGCAAGAGAGGAGUUGCACCAGGCGCUGGAAGAGGCUGUUGGCCCACGACUUCAAACUCCCGCGGAUACACAGCAAGACUCCGACUCCGACGCAGACAUGGCAAACGAGUUUGACGACGAGCCUGGUGACCUGACAGUAGCGAACGAGGAUUUCACGAUGAUAUCGGUCGAAACGCUGCAAAGCAUGAAGCAAAACACCUCUCAGCUGCUCGAUGAUUCAGCAUUGUCGUUGAGGGACAGAAGUGUCGCGAGCAUAUCUUAUAUGCCGUCGUCUCCUCCAAUGGCGCAGUCUACUCCUUACUCCGUUCGGUAUCCCAACAUCUCCAGCGAAGCGUCCGUUCACAACCAUGCGAUGGCGCCUCAAUCAUUCACGUUGGACAAAGACCAAUCGAGCGAGAGACGGAUAGCCCCGACUGCCACCGAGAACAACGUAGAAGCGGGAGCAGAGCAGGCCGAAGUUGAGGCUAUGCCCGCGGAUGAUGAUAUCUGGGCCGAAGAGGCUUCACGUUCACUGGACGAGGAGGUCGAUGUGCCACAUGUAGUGGCUGUUCGCUCACCAUCCAUGCUUUCAAAGCACUCGCCGCGAAUGAGCGAUCUAUUCAGUAACGAUGCCCUGCGACCGGCUCGAUCCAAAAUCCCAGGCACAUGGCGUCGAGAGUCAGGGAAUCCGUUCAGCUAUGUCGAUUCUCCGCAGACCGGCCCUUUGCGCAAGACCUCUACUACGUCAACAGAGGCCGAGGCAGUCGAUGGCAGGAGCGGCGGUGUGCUCACCCCACCAAGCACCGAUGACGAAGACAGUGCCGACAAAAGCACCUAUGAGGAGGGCGACACGUCGCUCACUCAACCCGAUGGCGAAGCAACGCAACUGCAUGGGGUGACUCAACGGCCAGAAGUCGCAAGUCCACUGUCGAAUUCCAGCAGUAGCGCAACGAGCCCAGACAGCGAAGGUCAAGAGACCGGCCUGUUCUGGCAGCGUAAUCUCCCAAACGUGUAUUCCCGUCGCUCGCGACCGAGGUUCCAACGGCGGCAGCGUGUUAUGGACUUGAGUGAGCUUCUGGAUUUGAAUGGUAACCCUACCCCGGCCAAGCAACAGACUGUCGCUCCUCCCACCAUGCACCAAUUGGAGAGGUCGACAAUGGACUCUGCGCCGCGUAGAGGGCCCAAUCCUCGCACCUCACGGAUCGCUUCGCAAACAACUAUCAAGGAGAACACUGUCAGCAGUCCGCUCAGGAAAAGCCUACUCAAGAGUAGCAAAAUGUCUGGCGGCAACGCAAUGUCCGCCACACAUUCGGAUCGUACGGAGGAUGAGUCGUCGCGCGGACGGCAACCGCAGGUCUCUCAUCUGUCGUUCAAUACGAGCUCUUUGCAUCAAGACAGUGUGCAAGACAGCACGUGUGACAGUCUUCAGAGCAAAGCCAGCGAUCAACGCCAGCUUCUCAGCGAGAUGGGCGUAAUUCCAACUCCGGGCGGCAGCAGCGCAGUCCAAAGUAACGCGGAAAGCUCGUUGUCGAUCGCCAGCCAUCCCACUGAGCCCAGCGAUUAUACCUUCGAUGAAGAGCACGAAGAAGAGUAUGAAGAAGAUGCAUCGCGGGACCCAGGCCGUAGCUACGAGGAGCACCUCAACCUCGAUUCACCGCAGAAGAUCAGAGUCAACUUCAACGAUUCCGAUGGCAAGUCGUCGCUCAUUGCUCCGAAGCGAAAUUACCCGUCACUCUUUGGUGCUGAGCCGCCCGCCGACGUGGAACCCUCUGCACGCACUUCUGCCUCCGUCGAAUCUGGGGAAUGUCCGGCUGAACGUGACACUGAAAGCCAGCCAGGCAUAUUCACCCGCCUGAGUACAACGUUUUGGUCUGCCGUCGUCCGUCCCACGGGUCCUGCAUCAAUCUUGCCUUCGGAACAACAGCCUCCGGAACCCAUCUACCCUCAUCUCCUCCGUCACAAUAUCCGAAGUCGCUACGGCGUCCUGAGCAAUCAGCACCCCUGGACGAUGGCACAUAUGCGAACCCUCCACCGUCUGCUGAAUUCCUGCACAAGCGGCAAGUCUGACAGUCUCGUGCCGAAGUCUGGGCCACUGCCUCACCAGCUGGAGAAACUGAUCGGGCAGACGAUCGUGUCCAUCACGCCGGACUUCUCUUCCGCGUUUACAGAGCAGCACGCCCACGUUGUCGAUGCAUUCAUGCAGACGCUUGUGCCUGUGCAUAUCGCCGAUGCCAUUCGUGACGGAGAGAUGGAUUUUCUGGGCGACAAGGAAGCAAAGACACAUCGUGGCCUGCUGGCCGGGCGACACGGUGAUAUGGUGGUUUACAAUAGCGCGGCGGGCGUGAAAGAGCCAAAGGAUGGGAUGAGCAUUGAGAGAGGCUGGGUGGUGAGGGCUGUGGGGAACUGCGUAAGGGCCAAUAUCGAGACGGCGAGAAAGGAGAAAUUGCGCAUUGAGAAGGAGCAGAAGAUGAAGCGGGUGCAGAAUGGGCGAGGCGCGAGAGUGACUUCUGAGGAGUACGAUGGCUCGGAUGAGUCGAGUAGGCUUGUUGAGGACCUUGCAUUGCCAAAGGUUAGGCGAGUGUAGAGAUGUGCUACGAAACGGAUGCUGUUACCAACCUAUUUCGG